AUGGCAAAGAAACCAUACUCUCCAUCUUUUGGAUGGAGAAGUAUUUUUUUCGACAAAGAGUUUGGUAGAAAAGGGGGCUCGUAUAUCUAUAAGCCGGAUAGAUUGAUUUGGCAUUAUACAAAAUCAGGAAAGUAUACGGUCAAAUCUGGCGUAUGCAUGGCAUAUUCGUGCUCCCCCAAAAUCAAACAUUUUAUUUGGCAAGUUGCCACUGGUACACUUCCGGUCAUGGAUUGCUUAGCUUCUCGCAAGAUUCAGUGUGACACGGUAUGUAAAAAAUGUGGUUCUGAAAUCAAGACAAUUAAUCAUGCGCUUUUUGAAUGUACGCAUUCGAGGCGAAUUUGGGAUUUGUCUACAAUUCCAAUGCUCCGAGGAGGUUUUCCUUAUAACUCGAGAUUUGCGAAUCUAGACUUCAUUUUUUGGAGUGUGAUUCCUUGUUUGCGGGAGAAGGAGAAAAAGCAUUUAUUUCCAUGGAUUUUGUGGUUUAUAUGGAAGGAUAGAAAUAAAAAGGUUUUCCAAAGAAUUCAGUCAGAACCGGUUGACAUUAUAAAUCAAGCGUUAAGUGAACAAUUAUUAUGUGAAAAGGCACAAGCUAUUCCGACUGAAUCAGUUACACCAUUAGAACCUAUACCUACUCCUUCGCUAAUCCUUCGUUGUCGAAUUGAUUCGUGGAAGUCAGGGAAUACGUUUACAGGCUUGGGGUGGUGGUGUUUCAGAGGAGAGGAACAAACAUAUCUACUAGGCGCUAAGUGUUUUAGCGGAUGUCCUUCACCACUUCAUUCAGAAUUGGAAGCGCUAAUAUGGGCUAUGGAGAGUAUUCUUAUAAGAAGGAUUGACUGUCAUAGAUUUGAAUCAGAUUGUGCCGAGCUUAUCACAAUGGUACAAGACCCGCAAGAGUGGCCAGCAUUCUCCAACCUCUUAAACGAUUUUCUUCUGUUACGUGUAUCAUUUCCGUCAUUUCUUUUAACUAAGACUAGGUAA